UCAGUAGAUGGUGACAAAGUAUCAAGUAUGGCAAAGAACAAGAAAAACGACGAUGAAUUCGAACCUGGAGCUGCACAGUUUGGGAAUUUUAUCAAUUAUUAUGAGUUUAAUCCACCCAAAAAUCGCCUAGCGUUAUUUGAGGGAAAGUUCUGUGAAUGUUUCUCAUCAGACAAACGUAAAAUACUUUGCCUAGAUGUAGGCUGCAACACGGGGGAACUGACUAGAGGAUUGCAUGAGAUGCUGUCAUCUGGCCAGGCUGCUGUCCGCAUGAUGGGCGUCGAUCUGGACCCACAGCUGGUGCAAAGGGCCAACGAGACGAUAGCAAACGAACCGGAAUCGGAUGUGCAAUUCCACGCGUUGAAUGUAGUGACGCAAGUCGAGGAGCGCGACCAAUUGUGGAAUCGAUAUUUGGAAAGUCAAGAGCCGGAGCGGAAGCGUUUUGAUAUUGCAUUUUGCUUUUCAACGACCAUGUGGAUUCAUUUGAAUCACGGAGAUGCUGGAUUAGAAUCAUUGCUGGCCUGUCUCGCUACUUGGGCAGACAACGUUGUGAUUGAGCCACAGCCUUGGAAAUGUUACAGGAAUGCAGCACGUCGUCUUCGACGAGCCAAUCGCCCGCCUUUUCCCUUAUUCGAUUCGUUAGUUCACCGCAGCAACGUGCAUGACCAUAUCGACGACAUCUUUCGCAAUCGACUGGGCAUGGAGUUGCACACGCAUCUGGGUCACUCGGAAUGGCAACGGCCGGUCUUGUGGUACCGCCAUAAACCAACAGCCAAUUUAGCGAUUUCAAACUAGGAGGAAAGUGGGCAGAGGAAAUGAAAGAAAGAAAAUACAACGCUCUUGAAUUUUUA